GUCGUGGCCGUUAGAUAUUGAUUUCCGACAGAUAUAAAAACGCAUUUCAUUGGCCCAACUCAUCAGUAAUCACAACUCCUAACUGCCUCAAAAUGUCUUCAACUGCAGUCAUGGUCGGCUUUCUCUUUGUAACCUUUGCUACACUGUUUCACCAUAUCUACGGUGAAAUUGUGACUGGAUCCGUGUCACUGAAUUCUGGUGUUUUUGACAAGGUAUUUGCUCUCACAUAUAUUGAAUCAUUCGCCUUCACUGCCUUUGCUUUUUGUUCAGUUGCCUUGCUAUGCUUUUCUAGGCCCAAACACAAUUUCAAUUCAGACAUUAAUUCAUUAAUUUAGUCAUUUUAUUAAAUAGAAAUUAGCAACAGCAUUUUAACAAUGAAUUAAUAUUGAAUUGGUAAACUAUUUCAUUUACUAUUAACUUAUUAAUAAUGUAAAAAUAAGUAAGAUUUACCAUUUAUAAAUUAUAUUACUAGAUAAGUCAGACUAAGGAUAAGUAAAAUAAGUUAAUUAAAGUUUCUGUACUAAGGGUCAGUAAGAGAUAUAAUUACGUAAGAAAAGUUAAGUAACUUUUAGUAAUCUGUAAAUUACUAUAGUUCAGUGUAAGUGUAGUGUAGGCUUAUUAAUGACAAUUUAACACUCAUAAACAGCAAGAACGUGUCACAAGGGGCCAUCCUAAAUUUAAAUUAUUUAUAUUAUAUUUAUACUAAAUAACUAGGGCUUAAGUGGGUGCAGUUUUUUAAAAUCGGAUCUGGUUAUUUGUUGAAAAUACCCGGUAGGUCCAAAGUGUUACAAAAAAUGUAACUUCUCAUUUACUAUAAUUUAUGAAUAUGCCAGUCCUUAAACGAUAUGGCCUACAGGCUUAGACAGUCCUACAUGCUACCCGCCGGUCUUUAAAUAGUACUAGACCAUACCUGUGGCUCUUUAUUACUUUCUUGAUUUGUAUAAUAGUCGUCUCCCCCUAUAGAAAAAUCAACCUGAACAGAGUUAAGAUGUCACGUAUGAAAGCUCGCGUUACUCAGCACUAUUAAAAUAGAACAUGUGGAGUUGGGGGAGGGCUGGUUGUGAAGAGAAAGCAGGACAUACAGAAGCAAAAUAUAUAUCAUAUUAUUUACAAAGCUAUAUUGCAAAUGGGACUAAAGUACUGUGACAAGCUCAUAUUGGCCACCCCUUUGCAAAAGUUUUAAUAUUUUAUCUCAUUUCCAAAACAGCUCUAACAUGUAGACUUACAAUUUCAGAACUCUCAACACUCUUAUUACUAUCUAUUAUACUCACUAUCUAUGCCUACCUACUGUAUUCAGAACAUUAUUUUUGCAUGUUACAUUAAUUUAAAGAGAUUUCUCUUCCCCCCCCCCCCCCCCCCCCACUCCCAUACAUUUUAAGCAGAGUUGAAGCAUUCAUAAAGGCAUAAUUUGCAAAUAUAUUUUUAGCAAAUUAAUAUUUAGGUUGAUAUUGUAAAAAUUAUUUUUAAAUAUUGUAUAUAUUAUAGCCAGUGAAUAAACGAAGGAUAAUAGUCAAAGAAGAUGCCGGUAAAUAAAGAUUAACAUUUUCCACAUUUGCGGUCUUAAUCUUGUGUUUAAUGUUUAAAAAUUAAUAUUGAUUUUAUAUUUGAUAACAAGUUUUGCUUCCCAUUGUAUUUUUAAAAAAAAAUAGAUUGUCCAGAAGCAUAAAGCAGUUUUGGUAAAGUUUGAUGAAACCUAUCCAUAUGGAAAAAAGCAAGAUGUUUUUAAAGAAGUUGCCAAAGCAAGUGUUCUUCAACCAGAUUUACUUGUUGCUGACGUGCAGGUUGCAGGUAAUGAUCAGGGGAAGUUGUGUUUACUUAUGCAUGGUUAACCUUUAUCAUUAAUACCCAUUAUAAGUUUAGUAUAAUUAUUUAUUCAUCCCAUUAUUUAAUUACACUAAAUAUCAUUUUUACUAGUUCUAGGGAUUUUAUAGAGAAAAAAAACAUCUGAAGAAUAAAACUAUGAAAAGAUAAUCAAUAUGAAUGUUAAGCAUCAUUCACUGGGGUUGCUGCAUUAUGUUUAUUACUUCAAUGACACACCACUGCUCUGUGUUGUAGCUGAAAUACUUGCUUACAUCUUUAUAUACAAUAAAUGGUUUACUGAACCUUUUGAUUUUCAGAAGCAAACACAUUAUAUUCUAUUGUAAGACAAAAUAAUAAAUCACAAAAACUUAUUAAGAAGGGCUUGUAAAAUACAAAAAACUGAAGAAUGCAAUUUCAUAAAUUUCCUUUUAAGACUGAUUACAAAUUUGUACUGUAUUUAGUUAUUACAACUUUAAAAUUCUAUCUAAACUGAAAUGGACACUCAAUUAAUUUUUGAAAACACAUGGAAAUUCCUUUGAAUUUUGCUUACAUAUACCAAAAAUAAUAAAUUAUGGUACAUAUUUCCAACGGUAAUUAAAAUAAGAUUGCAGUCUAUCCUUUGAAUUUAAAUGAUAAAUCUACGCUUCAUUAAAUUGUAUAUGAUAGUUUGAUAGUGUAAUGGCGCUUUUAAUUCAUUGUGCUUGAAAAUUGUUUCUGUCUCUAUAUGUAUUUUAUUGACUUUUUUCGCCAGAUUAUGGUGAUAAAGAUAAUAAUGACUUAGCCGAAAGAUAUGGAAUAAAAAAAGAAAACUUCCCUGCUUACAGACUAUUUCUUGAUAGCAAAUUGGAUGAUCCAAUCAAGUUCACAGCCAGUGCUGAGAAUGCUGAUGAUAUUAAAAAUUUUGUCAUUAGGGAGACAGGUAAUGUCAAAAGCCGUUUUAAAUUAUCUAAAUGCUGAAAUGAUCCUAUUUGAAGUAGAGAUGUUAGUAUCUUUUUUAACAAACUUAUUUUUUUUUUUUUUUGUAACUUUAUAGUAAACAUAAUUCUUGCUUAGCAGGCUGUAUAAAAUUGCACACAGCAGGCGGGGGAGACUUUAGUGACAAAUUAGCAAUAUCUGCUUUUUUUUGUUUUUGUCGUAGUUAAUCCUUACUAUGUAUUAUUUAUUAAAAUAGAAAUUUUUUUACUGUUCUUUGAAUAAUACAAAUCUGCAAAGACCCAAAAUAUAUUAAAUUCUCCUUCUUUUAACAAAAAUAUUUUAAAUCCUGCUGAAAAAGAUAUAUGAUUUUUUUUUCAGUUUACUACACACUUUUUGAGUUAUGUCUAUUUCCUAACUUGCUAAAAUACUAAAAUUAUGGUAUAAUAUUAGUAUAAUAUUUAAUUUUUUUUUCCAAAUACAGGCCUAUGGCUUGGUCGACCAGGCUGUAUAGAGGACUUUGAUAAACUUGUUAAGCAAUUUUUUGAAGCCCCUGCUGACAAGAGGGCUGAAAUAGUAGAAAAUGCGGACAAGGCUGCUGAGAAAUUUACAGAAGGUGAAGAGAAGACUUCUGCAGAAACAUACGUUAAAACCCUUCGAAAGGUCCUGGAGAAAGGGAAUGACUUUGUCAAGUCUGAAGUCACACGUGUUGAAAAAUUGCGAUCAGGCAAAGUCAGUGACAAGAAGAAAGAGCAGCUUAGCAAUCGUUUGAAUAUUUUGACUACAUUCCAAUUAAAUGUUAAGGAUGAGCUCUAAACAUUUGGAUUUUACAAUUUUAAUUUAGUUAUUAUAUUUGAAGUAUUAAAUACCUUAUUUUGUUUACUGAUUUUAUAAAUAUAAGCCAUUUUGCUUAAGUUGUGUUUUAAAACUCUUGAGGUUAAAAAAGAUUAUUUUAAAGCUCUUCAUGUCCAUUACAUAAGCAUUUGAGAUAAUGUGUAAAUGCUCACGUUGUUUCUGGCUAGACUAACACUAUUUUUGUACAAGUCUGUCAUUUUGACUGUUAAAUCUCUAAGUGCUGCAAAACAACUUCAUCAUAUAUUGUAAUUGUAUAAGUAAUGCAAAUAUUUUUAUUAGAAUUAAUUUUUUAAAAAUAUGCCAUAUUCAGUAAGGCAUUUAUUUAAACAAUGUUUCAUUUUGUGGUGUAUUUACAAACAAAAAAAUCAAAGUUUUGCAAUAUAGCAAAGUGUUAACAUGAUUUUAAAAAUUGUUAACUGAAAGAUGCUGUGUUUUAAAGCAAUGUAUUUUUGGUAGUCUAUUGUGUGUAUAUGUGCAUAAUUUUUCAUUCCCAUGAGAACAAUGUCGGGGUUGCUAUGCUUUAUGAAAAAAUGUGUAUGCAUAAAUCCUCUAGUUUUUCUUUAAGAUAAUAAAGUUGUACUUGAAUAUUAAGCUCAUAAUAAGUUAUCAACUAAAUGAAUGAGUUGUUAGUUUCAAUGUUGAUUUUCAAUUUUAUUUUAAUAUGGCUGUUAUAAUGUGCCUCUGCCCAUUACAGCCAAUACAUUUUAAAUUCUUUGAGAUAGUCAACAGUUACAUAGUUGGCGAACAGUUACAUUCUUGGUGUUUAACAAAUAUAUGGAAUCAUGAGAGCUCAAUAAUUAUGGUCCAAAUAAGUUUUGUUAAACAUUACAAUCUCAAUAUUUUAAAAGUUAUAUAAAUGGUUAUGUAUGCUUCCAAGUGUUUUAUUUAUUUUUCUAUUUAAAAUUAUUCAGCAAUAAAUGGUUGUCAUGCAUCAAUUUUUGGUCUUCAUGUUAUACAUUGCACAUAUUUUUUAAUGCAAAAAAGAACAUUCUUACAGUUUUAAUGUUUUACAAAGUAGACCAUUGCCUUUGUUUAAAAAAAAAUUAUGACAUGAAAAUAAGUCUCAGAUAAGUACUAUUUGACACGGUACUGCCUAAACUAAUAAAUUAAUUAGCAUUUUUAUAAUGACAUGUCCACUAGUUCCACGAUAUUCUGUUACAUAGCCAGUUAUUCAGUUAUAAAUUCCAC